GCCCCGCCUUGUCUUUAGUCUUUACGUCCAGGGUUCCUGCUUCACGUUUACACCUUCAGAGUCACCGUCAUGUCUCUCGGUAAAGCUGCCCGGGGCUUAGUGCAGCCUCUCCGGGGCGUCCUGCGGCCCUCGGCCCCGGCUCUGACCCGGAGAUACGCUGCGGUCUCUGAAGCCAGAGUUCUGCUGGAGGGCGAGCUGGACGGGAUCCGGGCUGCGGGGACCUGGAAGGCGGAGAGGGUCAUCACGUCAAAGCAGGGACCGCAGAUCAACGUGGACGGCAGCCGGAGCAGCAUAUUGAAUUUCUGCGCCAACAACUACCUGGGUCUGUCCAGCCAUCCUGAGGUGGUGCAGGCGGGGAUCGAAGCUCUCCAAACGUACGGAGCAGGAUUGAGCUCCGUCAGGUUCAUCUGUGGCACACAGGAUCUGCACAAGAACUUGGAGCAGAAGUUGGCAGAGUUUCAUGAGAGGGAGGACUGCAUCCUGUAUGCGAGCUGUUUUGAUGCCAACGCUGGUCUGUUUGAGGUGCUGCUGGGCCCAGAUGAUGCAGUGCUGUCUGAUGAGCUGAACCACGCCUCCAUCAUCGAUGGGAUCCGUCUGUGUCGAGCUCAGAGGCUGCGCUACAAACACAUGGACCUCAGUGACCUGGAGAAGAAGCUCCAAGAGUCUCAGUCGUCUCGGAUGCGCCUCAUCGUGACGGAUGGAGUCUUCUCGAUGGACGGGGACGUGGCUCCUCUAGAGGGAAUCUGUGACCUGGCCGAUCAGUACGGGGCCAUGGUGUUUAUAGACGAAUGCCACGCAACCGGGUUCCUGGGGACCAGAGGAAGAGGGACAGACGAGCUCCUGGGAGUGAUGGACAGAGUUCACAUUGUAAACUCCACUCUGGGGAAAGCCCUGGGAGGAGCAGCAGGUGGUUACACAGUGGGUCCGAAGCCGCUCAUCGACCUGCUGAGGCAGCGCUCCAGACCCUACCUGUUCUCUAACUCCCUCCCCCCUCCGGUGGUGGGCUGCGCCACCCGCGCCGUGGAGCUGCUGCUCGCCUCCAACGAGAUCGCACAGAGCAUGACGGCCAAAACCAUGAGGUUCAGGAACAAGAUGACGGAGGCCGGCUUCACCAUCGGAGGCUCGGCUCACCCGAUCUGUCCCGUGAUGCUUGGCGACGCACGGCUGGCCUCUGUGAUGUCGGACGAUAUGCUAAAGCUAGGAGUCUAUGUGAUCGGAUUCUCCUUCCCCGUCGUCCCGAAAGGCAAAGCCAGGAUCCGCGUCCAGAUCUCAGCCGCCCACACAGACGCAGACAUCGACCACUGCGUGGACGCUUUCAUCCAGACCGGCAGGAAGCACGGGGUCAUCUCCUGAAAGCACAGAGAGAGAGGAUGAUGACAUGCUGCAGCCAGUAUGAAAUACUGAACAGUGGACGCUCGCUCCUGCUCACCAGGCUGCCUGACCCGUGAACGCUUUCCGUGGAAAUAUUAGUUACAUUUGUAGGUCAAAGGAGGUGUUGUUAUUUUUGUGUUUUGCUAAGCUGAAUAAAGCUACUUUGCUAACAUUUGUUGGUGUAAAUAUAAAUACAUACACACGGAGCUGAUGUUGUUGCAGUAUAAUUUGUGAAUGCACAGGUACAAUGUUUCUACGAAGCCCUCUUAUAUCCAGUCAUUCAUCUGUUCAGCAGAAGUUUGAUUUGAAGGAAAACUUCAGCAGCUUUAGGAAGGAGGUCAUUAAAAACCUCAACAUUCAACUCAUCAAACCAAACCAGUGAAAGAAACACGAGACACAUUUUUUAUCAGCAUGAUUUGUGAUGUAGUAUCUAGUUUAAAGUGAACUGUUGUCUAAUAUUAGUCUUAUUGAAUGUCGGAUGCCUUUUGCAAUUCCAGACUUUGCAUAUGAGAAACAGACCAUAUUCUUAGAUUUUGGAUGCCUGUAAUGCUCAGAUGGGCCUGAAAAGAUCAGAAAACAUCAGGCCUUUAUUUGAAACAGGCUUAUAUUAGAGACAGGCCAUUCAUUUUACAUUAAAGCUCCUGUGAGGAACUUCUGGUUUGUGGUGAUUUUGGCGCCCUCCUUUGGACAAAGCUCUCUUAUCUCUGCUGAUCUUGUUCUGUAUAAGGAAAGUCGUGUUUUCUGAUGAAAGAUCUCUUCCUGCUUU